UGCAAAUUUCGACGCCAUUUGUUUCUGUUCGUGUUGUUUAGAUCUGGACUUUUUUAAGCCGGUAUUCCUUCGAAAUAUUCAGUGUUUCUGAUUAGUGAUAAACUAUUAGUUAAUUAGUUAUAUAUUAAUUAAAGUGAUAGUUGAAUCUCAAACAGAAUUGGCCCAGCAGGUGAUGUCAGCAGGAGUGACAGACCAGCGAAUGAAAGGACAAGGAAAUCAAGUGCAUAAUGGGCCUAAGGACCAUGUGAUCACUAACGAGCCGGAAGUCUUUGAAUCAUGGCGUACUCAGCAGCAGCAUCCAAAUUAUUCAGCUCAAAAUAUGUCUGGUGGCUCAAUGGCAGCUCCGUCUGAUCCUUAUACAAAUUACUAUGGCUCUAAUGCUUAUUCUUAUCAAUUUGGAGUAGGAGAUGGAACUUGGUCCAAUGGUGGCGAUCCAGUAACAUUUUUGAGUGGAUAUCCUGCCACUCCUCAAAUUGCACACGAUACAGUUGGGUACUCAAUUGAUGGUAUGUUUGGAGGAGCAAGCGGAGGAUUUGCAUCAACGUACACUCAGCCCGGAGCUCACAAUGCUAGCUUUAACUACUUUACACAUGGUAAUGGGGAUUAUUCCACUUGGGGCAACGCACCUGCCAUGACGAGAAAACCAUAUGAUGAAUAUUUUCGUGGAACCGAUGGCGCGGUGUACGCCAAUGCCCAGGUAGAUCCCAAUAGUGUGAAAAGUGUCGAAGAAGGUAUGCAAAAUUUAAGUGUUGGGCACUCAGCGCCGGGUGUGGAAUAUAUUCAUCAGCAUCAGUUGAAGGAGGCUAUGAUGGCUCCAGCCCCGAAGAAGGUUACCUGGGCAUCUGUCGCAAGUCAGCCAGCUAAACCUGCUCCAAAUUCAAGUUCUAGUGGUAUGAAAAAGAAACCAGGGAUGCCUCCUCCACCGAUGGUACCUGGCAAGCACAACAUGGACAUUGGUUUGUGGGAAACGAAAAACGGUUUGGCUUUGGCGGCCAAAGCUCAGGUGAAAGUGCCACCUCCACCUCCGCCGACCGCUAUUCGCUCUGCGUGGGGUGCACAUCAUAUGCGUCCAGCCACGAUGGCAGGACCGCGACCUGUUCCACCGCCAGCUCAGUAUCAACCACCUCCACAGAUGCCUCCACCUCCGGUAACAAUUGUAACUCCAAUUCCUCCGCCUCCAACUGUUAUGCCUUCUCCUCAUCAUAUGCAAGGGCCUCCGCCUCCGACUCUUCAACAGCCACCUCCGAUCCAACAACAGCAGCGGCAUGAGCAACAGCAGCGACAUGAGCAACAACAGCGGCAUGAGCAACAGCAGAGGCAUGAACAGCAACAAAGACAUGAGCAGCAGCAGAGGCAGGAACAGCAACAAAGGCAUGAGCAGCAACAAAGGCAGGAGCUGCAACAAAGACAAGAACAACAACAGAGGCAAGAGCAACAGAGACUCGAGCAGCAGAGACAGGAACAGCAGCAAAGACACGAACAGCAAAACCAGCAGCGGCAUGAGGUCCAAAGUCAGCAUCUUCAGCAACAGCAGCAAACGUCAAUGCCUCCACCCUCUCAUCCAGCGCCCUCUCCUCCGAUUGCUUCAUCUGCCUCUGCGGAUCCUACUGCUGCCUUAGAAGAACACCCAGUUCUUAAAGAAUUGACACAGAAAAACAAUUACAAUCCACCAGACUUCGAUUUAACACCAAAAGGUGCCCGAUUCUUUGUGAUAAAGUCUUAUUCUGAAGAUGACAUACAUCGUAGUAUUAAAUAUGAAAUUUGGUGCUCCACAGAGCAUGGUAACAAAAAGCUGGACGAUGCGUUUCGUGAAAGGGAAUCGGAAAAUGGCACUGUGUAUUUAUUUUUCUCAGUCAACGGAUCAGGUCACUUCUGUGGUAUGGCUCAGAUGGUUAGUGCGGUGGAUUAUAAUUCUUCAAGUAGUGUUUGGUGUCAAGAUAAAUGGAAGGGGCAAUUUAAAGUGCGUUGGAUUUAUGUGAAAGAUGUUCCGAAUGUUCAACUCAAGUUCAUUACACUAGAAAAUAAUGAAAAUAAGCCUGUCACAACUUCUAGAGACACGCAAGAAGUACCUUAUGACAAAGGCUUACAAGUUUUAAAAGUCAUACAUUCAUACCGCAAUUCGACAUCCAUUUUCGAUGAUUUUAUCCACUAUGAAAAGAGGCAGGAACAGCAAGACCACACUAAAGGAUCGCAUUCACGAGAUCAUCAACGAAAUAACUCGCCCCAUCAGCAUCAUCAGUAUCAUCAUAUGGAUCGAGGGAAUCACGAUAGGAUGCAUGAUAGAAAUCAUGACAGGAACCACGAUAGGAACUAUGACAGAAAUUAUGAUAGGAAUCAUGAUAGAAAUCUUGAUAGAAAUUUUGAUAGAAAUUUUGAUAGAAACCACGAACGGUUUCACGAUCGAGGCUUCAACAACUAUCAUAAAAACAGACAGAAUCGGAAUGAUGGGAACGAGCAUUAUGAUAGACAUGAUGGUGGCGGAAACAAUUAUCAUCGUAAUUACAACCGGAGUGGUGGAUUUUACAACCACCGUGGAGAACGUGGGGACCGCAAUGAUCGAGGAGAUCGCAAUGACCGAGGAGAUCGUAGUGAUCGUGGAGAUCGUAGUGAUCGUGGAGAACGCAAUGAUCGUGGCGAACGUAUUGACCGUAAUGAUCGCGGAGAUCGCAGUGAUCGUGGAGACAGGAUGGACAGGAGUGAUCGGUUUGAUAGGAGUGAUCGGAUGGACAGAGGUGAUAGAGGUGACCGAGGUGACCGUAGUGAAAGAGGUGAUCGCAAUGACCGGAUAGAUAGGGACCGUGGCCGUAAUUAUAAUAAUGAUCGUCGACCAAAUUAUAAUCACCAUUCAGAGCGUAAUAAUUCAUCAUCUAAUAAUUCUUCCGGACACAAUAAGUCUCAAAAUUCAUCAGGCACUAGUAACUGAUUGUAGUGAGCAUCGUUUGUGUAUUUUUUUUCACCUUUUAAGAAAACUGUUAAAUUACGAUUUAUACUUUUGCAUUAUUAUUGUAAUCAACCUAAUCAUUCAGUUGUAUUUAAAAUAUAAGUAAAAAAAGAAUUGUAGGAAGUGUUAAAACAAAGUACACAGAUGUAUCAAUAUGUAUUCACGUUAUGUAUGUAUUAGUGUUUUGCAUAAAUAAGUAUUUUUAUAUUUUUGUGUGAUUUAGACAACUAUAUUUAGUACCGUUCAUCGUUUACCUUUUAUUUUUACUUCAUCCGUUUUAAUUUUUCUCUUUUAUUUAAUUUUUCUCCCCAUUUUACAACUGUUUUCAAUCUUUUGUCGUUUGUAAUAUUCCUUCGCAUUUUUUUUUUCUUUUAUCUAAUUAGUGUGCAUUAGAAGAAUCAACUUCAUCUGUGGGAAAUAUAAUUGAGUCAGUCUAAAAAAGUGAUGAGUAAGACAAUAAUGAUUUAUUCAAGGUCAAUUAACUUAACUUUAUCAUGACUCAGACACAAAGAUUUCAUUUUUUCUUGGAAAAAAAAUUCUCUCAGGAUUUCUACAAAUCGGACCCAACAGAAAAAAUGGAAACAUCUGAAGUUUGGGGAAAGGAACCAUUAGUUUCUAAAAUAAUUUCUCGGAUCGCCGAAUGCUUUAAUUCUUUUUUUUUUCUUUUUCUUUUACAAGUGGGUAAAAAUAUUUACAUUAGGACUUAGAUAAAAGUUCUUUGCCUCUUUGAAAACAGUUCAUCCCCUUUGAAACAGUACCAAUAAAGUGAGUUAUUGUUUCUCACAGAAGAGAGGAAAAGGCCUUUUUUGUCACUGUAAGUGUGAAGUAGAUGAAUGGCAAAUUCUCUGAUUGUUGCUACAGUGAUAUUAUGCAGAAUAUAAGCUGUUUCAAAGACCAUCUAGUUGUCUGUCUCACACAUAAUAAUGUUUCACCAUCUCUUGUAAGUUUGGCGUAAUAUGUCAGUGAAGCGGUGUUGUUUUUAAGGCGAAAAACGUAUCAAUUAAGGCCUUCUGCAUUGUUUUAAUGAACUAAUACAGUGAGUUUGCAACUUCCUUUAAUUUUAUUGAAUAAUUUUAAGGUUAAUUGCUCUUGUUCCAAUCUUCAAAAGCUCCAUCUCAUAAGAUGAAAUUUACAUGUACUUUAAAAAUUCCUUAAUUAUUUCAAAGGAUUUUCAAGUGAGGGGAAAAAGCUUAAAUAAAUUGUUAAUUUAAAGCAACGGAACCUUAAAUGGUACUGUACUUCAAUUUUCUUCGAACUAUCAGAUCAAUAUCUUGUUUAGUUUUUUCUGAAAACAUCUUGUUCAUUUUAUUGGUGCCUCGGUUAUUUUAUUUUAUUCAUCAAUUCACUGCUAACUGCUCUAAGACGAAUUUCUGCAAGUGUAUUCGGUUAAGUUUUUUACCUAUUGUCAACCUCUGUUACAACCAAACGAAUUUCGCUCGAGGUGACGGUACUACAGCAUUUGGUUUACUUGUUAGCUGCAAUGACGACUUCAUCCAAAAUUCUCUACUGGCAAACGUCUGCUGUACGUCAGUAAGUCAUCAAACCAUAGAGUUGAGUUCUUGAUGUCUGGCAAGUUUUUUUUUUUUGGCUCGUUAGUUGGCUGUUUUGUGAAAUUUGGCUCAAAAGUAAUCCGAAUUCAUUCACGGAAAUUCGCUCAUAGUAGCACAUCUGCUGUGUUUUUUUUUUUUUUUUUUUUUUUUUGAAAAUGCUAGCAAGUUGGUCAGUUUGCAGCAAUAAUCAUCAUGAGCUGAAGAUUGGAAAUUUUUUAAGCAUGGUUUGCAGAAAUCCUGUUAUUUUAUUCCUGUAUAGAAUCGGUUAUUUGUAGUUAUUUGUAGUGAGUUUUAUCCAAUCGUUUUCACAAAAUGAAUUUUAACAGUGUUACUACUUAACUCAGCUAGUCUGACAAAAAAAAAAACAGUUCUUGUUUAAAUGGGGAAAUUUCUUCCUUUUCUAUCAGUUGUUAGUUGUCUUUUUAAUGAAUGAAGCUUUCAUCAUGUAAUUGAUGCGCACUUUUAACUUUGUGAAUUUAAUGCUAUGAAACCUUGAUUAUGGUUUUCCUUGUAAAUCUCAAUGUGUAGAAAUGAAAGAUUUUAGACAACUGCUCAUGAAAGCUAAACGAGCCCAAGUACGUAUUUGAUGAUUGUAAGAAGAAAGAAUGUUGAUAGCAGCUACCUCAAUAUGCUCACAGAUAACUGUUGGAAUCUAUGCAGUUUGCUCAAGUCUUCAAGCAAAUCAAAGCUCUUGAAUGGCUUUUGAUUCCCAGAAAUUUGUUUGCAUUUCAAUGAAAUUUAUCAAGGUCUAAUUUUGAUAUUGUAUGUUAGUAUGUACAGUCUAUUUCACAAGAUGUUUCAGUCAAUCUUACAUAUUCAAAAAUGAAUGGCGAUCAGAGCUUGAAUUUUGUUUGCCGGCUUGUAUUUGAUUGAAAGAUAAGGGAAGAAUGUUGACUUAGUUAUUCGAUUGCUGAUAUCGGUCUGCACCAUCGAAGAACGAAGUAUAGUUCGAGCCUGUUGUAAAGAGAACUCAACUUGUGCACGGUUUGAGUUCAAAAUAUCCAGACUUGUAGUUGAAUCUAAAGGUUAGGUUUCGCAACCUGCAGUCGCUCUUAGCCAACAAAAUUCGGACCCUUGUUGGCACUUUGGAACAGCAGACACUGAUUGAGCAACUAGUAUCCUUAUUGUUUUAUGAACAGUUUUGAAGUGUGAAUCUUUUUCCAUGUUACUUACUAUGUAUGGCUCAAAAAUAUAGGUUUUUUUUCUCAGUUGUGAACAAGAAAAAAGGUAACAUAAUAAAAAGAACGAAAUGAGAAAAAAAUUAAUCUUGGCAUUUAAUACCUUCAAAGUUACUCCACGAUCGGAUGUUCAGACACUUGUUGUGCCGCAAAAUAGCCAAAUUUUGAGCCCUUCAAUAUAUUUAAAUGAUAAAAUUACUGUUAUUUUGACAUCGUGGCAAAAUGCCGUACAAACUAAUACCUGUAAAUUCACCUUAAUUUAAUCAUCAUUGAUUCAGGGAUUUUGAAAUGUUGUUUCAAAGCUUUAACUUAUCAUGUCUCUCUCCUGCCUUAUCUUACUGUCGCUCGUUUUACAGAAGGGCGCAUGUCGAUUUUUCCAUGAGCUCCAAAAAGCAAGGAUUAUAUGUAGAAUUGGGCUCUCAUAGAAAUUGAGGUACGCCCUUACGCCAGAUCAAGUUACCGCGACACUAUCAAGUUACUGUUUCAGCUCUGUAUUUCUUUAACAUCUAAAUAGGCAUGAUCCUACUCUCAGUAUUAAGAAUUAUGUAGGCCUAGCCUCUUGCAGCUAAUUCAAGGCAAGGCUUGUUCAUAAUGCUUGAAGUUUUCAUUAAGAUGGUUCUUUAGAACUUUUGAGAGCGAUUUGAUAGACUAUCGACUAAUUGAUCAUUUCUGGAUUUUCAGACAUUUCUUAAAAUUUCCCAGCAUCAAAUCUUAAAGUAGUACGUCAGGUAUUUGUACACAAAAUUCGACCAUUAAGCAUUUAGAAAUAGCUUAAAAAGUGUGUCCCGAGUGAAUAACGCAAAGCGUUUUGCCUUUUGAUUGUCGCAGGUAUCCACUCAGAUCGUACUAUUUAAGCUAUCUGAAAAUGUUUCUUGCUCAAAUUUUGUGCUCCAAUAAGUACUAUGUGUACUGCUGUGUAAUGUGCUCCUUAAAGUGCUGAAGAACUACCUAAUACGUUACUUUAAAGGCAAAAAAGCAGACCAACUAACUUGACAAAAUUCAGCUUUCCUCGUUCAAUUUAGAUAUUGGGUUUAUUAUUUCAUUGUUGCUCGAAAAAUUUAAGGAUCGAUAAAAUGGCAGUUGUCCAACACUUCGUCGUAAGAACUUUUCUUAAUGCUUGGCUCAAGAUCCUCUUUGUUUAUCCUAUACAGAAGACCUAUUGAUAACGAAUUUAAUACUUCAGUGCAUGUAGUUUUGCAUCCAGUUGUUUUUACUAUUUUUUUCCAAAUCCGUUAUGUUUUUACAAGGAGUUUCUUAUGGUGCUACUAAAAGCUGAAGACCAGGAACAUAAUCUACGGAGUCAGUUAGAAAUUUAAGUCAGUUUGACCUUUGAUAGUCAGAAGUAUCAUUUGAGGGGUUUCUGCGGGAAAAUUCUGCCUUCAUUGAAAAAUGACUUUUUCAAUGGAGUUUCCAGCAUUUUUGGUGAUAUUCUGUGAGUUUACAGCCCCUGGUUUGAACACAGUCAACAUCUUCUGUCGGAAAUGUUGAAAUAGUGAAAUAAGCUGAAAUUCAUUUUAGCCAACCCCUUAUCUGUUAUGUUAAGCCCAGCUGUUCCCACUAACAUAAGUAUUCACUGUAAAGCUUGUCAACAAGGAGCUUGUUUAAUCGCUACUAAGUUUCCGGUGCUCAAGAAAAUGAUGAAUCGCUUCAGUGCACAUAAUCUGUUUUAAUCUUUUUAGUGUCUUUCAUCAGGAGCAAAGCUCAUCCGUAGCCAUCCGUUUGGUCCCUUCUUUUAUCCCUUUCCUGUCUUUAUCGUAGAAGUAUCGUUUAAAACAAAUCAGACAUGUGAAUCAUUUUGUUAUUUUGUGUAAAAAAGCUCUUUUAUGCGAAACAAAAAAAUUAAUAAAUGAAGAAAAAAAUUUAA